UCUGCUUCGAGGGAACAUAUGUUCAGUUUAACCAACCAUGUUUUGUAAUAUUUUAAAACGCUCUUUUCAAGCGAAUGUAAAGAAUGUACAAACCUUCAGUGUGCUGAGAUGGAGCAGCUCCAAUGGCCCCCAAGGCGACAUCAAGGAUGCACUGGACAUAGAGGCAAAUCUAUUCGGGAACUCGGACUUGAAGCAUGAGCCGGUAAACACGCGGGAUGCUUUACGCAAGAAUCGAACGAAGUCACUUGGAGCUAGAAAGAACAAGGAACCCACCGUUUCUGUUCCAUUGGUUUCGCGCAAGAUCAGCGCUGUCCCUGCUCCACGGGCAUCUUCCAGCCCUGCCCCAUUGAUAAAGGACAGCGAGCUUAAUCUGGAGUUUGUGCGCCUCACCCUGCACGAUCCACUAACCAGCACCCUGCUGACCACAGUGCGCUCCCGCAAGCGUCGCGACAAGAACCGGCAGAUCAUCAUCGAAGGCAGACGCCUCAUCAGAGAGGCCCUGCAGUGUGGCCUUAAAAUGGAGGCUCUCAUUUUCAGCCAGAAGGAUCAAUUGGCACAGAUAAAGGAGGAAGUGGGCAGGUCCCAGCUGAAGAGGGGCUCAAAGAUCUACAAGGUACCGCAGCAUGACCUUAAAACAUGGUCCUCGUUGGUGACUCCUCCCGGAUUGAUGGCCAUUUUCGACAGACCAUCGGAAAAAGGUGUAGAGCAAAACCUGGCAGAGCAACAGCAACUGGGAACGCGACCAUUGCCCAUCACAGUGGUGUGCGACAAUAUCAGGGAGCCGAAUAAUCUGGGAAGCAUCAUUAGAACCUGUGCGGCCCUCCCGUGCAGACAGGUUGUAGUCACACACGGCUGCUGCGAUCCUUGGGAAUCGAAAGCCCUGAGGGGAGGAUGUGGUGGUCAGUUCCGGCUGCCCAUUCUCGAUGACGUUACAUGGGAGGAGCUCUCUUCAAGCAUUCCCCCAGAGGCAGCAGAUAAUUGUAAUGUGUUUAUUGCGGAAAACAACCCAGAGAAGCGGGCCAACCACCAGGCAAUAGAUUAUGCAGAGAUUAGCGAAAUAGGAGCCCACAAUCUGGUCAUCAUUGGCGGGGAGAGUCAUGGUGUCAGCGAGGAAGCAUACAGUUUCAUGAAUUCAGUGGGUGGCGGUCAAGGAAAGUGCGUCUACAUACCGUUGGCAGCUGGAGUCGAUAGCCUGAAUGUGGCGUCUGCGCUGACACUAUUGCUCUUCGAGUUGCGAAGAAAACUGACUCAGCAAACUGUUAGCAGCAUCUAGUUUGUUUUCUUUAAAUUUGCUCAAAAUAAUAGUAUUUAAAAGCAUAAAA